GGAGAGUCCUUGUAACCCUCUAACAACCUCUUUAUAUCGUCCUCCAGUUCUCACUAUAAUCUGCACCAUCAUUACCACCGCCCCCACCACCACCCUAACAAUCCCGACCCGCUGGGGAGCGUGUCAUGAAAGAACAUCAGACGGUGUAUCCGACAAGUACUGUUUUAUCGGACAGUUACUAUGGUAACAGUGCCUCUCAGCCAUUCAUAAUCAAGGACUUGUCGGACGAAAUUGUUGGAGAAACGCCCCUCAUAUUCGUCUAUAAGUCUGUCGGAGUAUCCUCGUCAUCUUGACAUGAAUAAUCGCCAUUGUCAACCACAUUAUCGUCACCGCAUCGUCAGCCCCAAAUGCCAAACUGACUCGCCUAUAGGCAGGAUAGGAUUUGUCGAAGCAUGUACCGUACAUGAUAAUUCCAGCACGAGAGAUGGGAAGAUCCAGGAAAAAGUGUAGACUUUUCAUGCUUGAGUCAACUUGUACAGAAAUACCAGCCAUCCAUCAAAAUGAGUUGGUCCAAAGAUGAUGAGACCGUUGAUCAUACCGGCCCUCGGAUACGAGUGGAUGCAGGGGGGAAUCUUCACAUCGCUGAGCUUCAAGAAAGUGAUGCUGGGACCUACACAUGUCAAACAACAUACUGGGAAACUACAGUCACCACGACUCAAUUUAACUUACAUGUAGGAGGAACAAGCCCCGGAGGAUCAGGUGGUAUAUUUGGUGUACCAGUACCAUGGGUUAUCUCAGUUGGUGCUGCUUUUCUUCUUCUCAUCGUCUUUGGUGGAUUUACCAUAGCAACCAAACUACGGUCUGGUGAUAAAUCCUCAGAGUACAGUAAGAUUCCUGAUGAAGAGCAAGCCAUUGAUGAUGAGGGGGAAGAAGAAGAAGACUGAGAAGUAAAACCAUCUGGUUCUUUACCCAUCUUCAGUGUUAUCCACUAACAUCAAAAUAUCAAGAAUCCCGUUUCAUAAAGACUUGACAACGAUUUUAACUUUGCCACUGCUGUAACUUCCAUGGCAACCUUGAUUGUGAUUGGCUGCCGAGUUCUGUUAUCAUGGAAGUUGCCAUAAUUUGGCAAAGUUAUAAUAGUUUUGACUCUUUAGGAAACGGGCCCUUGGACUUUGAUAUCUAAAUGAACAAUUUAAACUUCUGAUUUUCAAACCAUGCUUCAAAUAAUCGUUUACCAAGAUUUAUUGUAAUCAUGUCUUGUAUCAAAUGAUGUGUAAAUAUAUAUCUACUGAUAU